GGGGGAUGCUGACUGGUGCAUAGCCACAGCCCGGAAUAGAAGCUUAUCUGCGAUUGGCUCGCUUUGGCGCCCCGUCGUUUGAGCUCGAGCAGCCGGAGGAAAGCGCUAAGCGAAGCCCGCGAGUGUCGGGGCCCGGGCGCAGAAUGGCUGGCACUGUGCUCGGGGUGGGGCCAGGAGUAUUUAUCAUAGCGCUGCUCGGUGUCUUGAUGUUGCUGCUCUGCAUGCUGUUAUCCAGGACUUCCGGUCUUGCAAGAUUCUCUCUCAUUAUGGUUUUCUUCUCUGCUGUGAUCGUUAUAUUGGUUCUGUUACUUUUCCCUCGUGCCAGUGAGUUCCCAGCACCAGCUACAGAAAUGAAGAUCGUGGACACCUUCUUUAUUGGCCGCUACGUCCUGGUUUCCCUUCUCAGUGUGACGUUUCUGGGAAGCCUGUUCCUGGUUCUGGUUCACCAUAUCUUGGAGCCAGUGUAUGCUAAACCACUCCGAGUUAACUAGCUAUUAUGAAGAAGGGAAUUCCCCAUGCUCCAAAGCAGACAAUAAGUCACCAGUUGGGUAAAGAAAAUAUGCUCCCCAAAUCUCUCCAGAAGUCUUUCUUCAAGUGCGGUUAUGAUACCUACACUGAUAUCCAGAAUCAGCAUCUGCUUUCUGAGGCCCUGGCAUCUCCAGAAUGAAGUUGUAGAAUGUGUAUGCUUUGGACUGGAUAAUUACCAAGAGCUGCUGCUGUGUUUUUCGAAGCUGAGAACUGUUUCCUGGCAGAGACAGGCCUGCUUACAGACUUUAUCAUGUGUCUCCAGUAUUUGUUUCCAGGGGUAUAUCCAUGAUCUCUGUUCUAUGGAAAUUCAGCUGCUCUUGCUUCUCCUAUGCCUCAUCUACAGUUAUAGUUCUGGCUGAAACUUCCUAAAAGAUCUGAACCACUGGCGUCUAAAAGUCAGGCUGGACAUCUUUCCAACAUAGGAGGUGGUGCAGAAUGCCAUGAUGGAGGCCUGUGCUGGUGCUUUUGGCUAAAAGUGGGAAGUGUGGAAAUCCAUAAAUAAAAAGAGGGACUGAACUUGGAGGCUUUAGCCCAGUUCAGUUUGAACUCUGGGUGUCAGAAGUUUGGGUUGGUUUACUUUGCGUUUUUGUCAUCGUAAUCAUUCUUGAAACACCUGAGAAAUGAUUUCAGAGGCAGAAGCAAGUGGAGAGGGUAAACUCAUGGGAAAGUGAGAUCCUAUUUUUAUGGCAAUAAAGAAGCAGGAACAGGAAGAACCAAAUAAUGUUUCUCAGUUUCUCUGGCUUAGAAAGCACUGACGUGGCAGUUCAAAUGUGUUGCUUAUGCCCAGCUCUGAAUCCAGGGGCUCUUUCAGAGACACUCUGGCACAAGCAAAUGCAUCCGUGUUGCCAUUCUUGAGCUCGCUCUGAACUGGGGUUUACUUUGCCUCCUCCUUGUUCCCUUGGAGAGGGUGGGGGAGGGGAUUGUGAGCUCCACUGUGCAGGGAGCUGAAUAUGCAUGUCACUAGAUAUUCCCACCAGCAUUUCAGGGAGGGAAACCUGAUGCAGAAGGUGGAAUCACUGAAGGGAUUUGAAGGGAGGCUGGAGAUGGCACCUAGGGACAGAAUGGUGGGAGCAGAUGGGGGAACCUCUCCCACAUGCUCUUCUGGGGGCCGAGGCGAUCUGGCCCUGAGCCCAGUGCAAGAGUGAAGUUUUGAAAAGCAGCUUGCAUAAAAACAUAACAUUUGAAAAAUGCUGCAGGAGGAGGCAGUGGAGGAAACUGUAGGACAUGCUGCUUUCCAUGCAUGACUAGGCUACCUGGCACCAAACUUCCUACUGUAAUAAAAACCAUCUUUGGGCUGAGAUUGAGCCUGAGAAAUUGUAGCCCAGAGGGUAUUUUUCCCCAGACGCAUUCAAAGCCCUGUAUAAUGUAUGUGCUACCUUAGACACUUCCCUAACACCCAUGGCACUUGGCAAAAACAGCAAUUGUGUAGCUAGAGCAUUUUAAUAAAGAAAUCACACAUUCAUUUCAGGGCUAGGCUUUGUCAUCAGCUCUUUUCCUCCAGGUAUUGCUUUGCACUAUGUUUUAUUUAGUGAAUUGUAUUUAAUGGAUCCCCAAGGGCUUAUUUGUUGCCCUCCCUUCCUUCUUCAUGCAAGUGGGAAACUAAUGAGUCCC